GUUCACCCACACACGGAGCCCUUCUACCUUCUACACGUUUUGCACGUUGCACAUUUGAAGUCUCAACAUUUCAAGUACCCAAGCGAUUGUCAAGAUGUCGCUCAGCAAGUUCGAAGACGCCUUGGGACUCUACCGUGGCGGCAAGAUGAGCGAUCUGCCGCAGUUCAAGAUGGCUCUCGAGGCGCUCCUCUACGAGGAGAACGCGGACGUCGACAUGGAACGGGCGGAAGACGAGAAGGCUCCGUACGAGAAUCUGUGCGCUCUUGUCCUCCGCGGCGAGGAGGCUUCCGGCCGUGACCAUGUCGAGAAGAUCAAGGAAGAAGUCGCACUUGCAGAUCCCGUCCUUACGGACAGCGUGGACACCUCAGCGCUCCGGGCGUCGACGCUCGUACAUCCCAACGAGAUGCGCGCUGAGGUAUCCAAGCGGAUCACGCAUGCGCAGCGGUCAUGUGCACUGACGUGGGAGGACGUGUUAUCGCAUCCACCCAGCAGCGACGAGGCAUCAGUGACGGCCAAUGUCGACUCGAGUGGUAGCGACAACGACACGGUCCAACCCUGCGAAAGCGGUGGCACGAUCGAGAAGGCCAGAGGGGGCCUUGACAUGCGUCCAACUGGUGUCUCAUGGGCUCAGUACCUUUUCGGUGCACCCAAGGACACGUGCGACGACGGCAAUGACGCCUAAGGAUACAUCCAAGGGCAAGCCUAAGGAUGAGACAAAGAGUCGGUCCAAGGACAAGUCCAGGAAGAAGGCUCGCACGGAUAGCCAGUGCGGAGCCAACGAGUCCACCGCGAAGUCGGCAGGUAUCAACUAUGACGUAGCGACGUCCGCAAGUGAUAGUGAUUCCUCCGUACGUGACAACCACCCCGAUGACUGGAGCGUCAUGGAGUCACUCACCGAGCAAGUAGCUCGAGCGACCGUGACGAUCGAAAGCAAGGAAUGAUUGGGUCCUCGAUUCCGGGUGCGGGAAGCACAUUACACCUCACCAGGAGUACUUUAGUGAAACGGAACUUAACGACGAGUUUGAGUUUACGUUUGGAGAUGGAUCUUGCCUCAUCAACACACACAUUGGCAGAGUGGCCACAUUCUUUCAGUCGAAGAAUAAUGAAAUCAAACGAUUCAAUCUCGA